AUGCAGACCGUCUUUCAACUCGCUGCCGUGCACGGCAUGCUGUACACGGGCGGCAACGUCGUCUUCUCGCCUGAUGGCACGCAGCUCUACUCCCCCGUGAACAACUACUUGUCAUCGAUUCAGCUCCAGCAGGCGGGCCACCUCUCGCUCACGUGUAGCAACAGCUCCAUCAGCUGCUUUGACCUCUCCCCUGAUGGUGACCUUGUUAUUGCUGUCGGGCAGCGCGGCCUCGGCUUCUUUUACUCCGUCUCCGCCCGUGUCGUGCUCGACACCCUCUCUUUCCCUCCCAACUGCACCAUCUCGUGCGUCAAGUUCAGCCCGUGUAGUAAGUACGUCUCAGUGGCGCUGGAGUCCACGCUGCAGGUGUACACGGCACCGGCCAAGCGUGUUGUGAGUUUCCACGGCUGCCACCGCAUCGAACAGCUCCACGCCAUCCUUACACGGCCCAUCACGAACCUCGACUGGACGGCGGAUAGCGAGCACAUUCUUGUGUGUGGCCAAGAUGCACGGAUGAAGAUCGUGCCGCGUCAAGGCAAGCUCCAUCGGAAAGGUAUGGCGCUCCAGCAGAACUCGCUAAUCGGCCACCGCAGCGCCGUGCUUGGAGCGUGGUUUACAAGAGAGGACAAUAGCGAGGUCGUGAGUGUGGCGGCGGACAACGUGGUGGUGACGUGGCACCGCACCGCUAUUACACGUAGGGAGGUCCUGCAGGCGAUCGCAACUGCGCAGCUGCAGGCCCGCUUGGGAGAGCAAGAAGAAAGCGACGACGCUGAGGGCGGUGACGUCGAGGAGAAGGACUCCCCGUCUCCGAAGAGCUUCCUCGAGCGCAAGCGACUAGAGCAGCUGCGCCUCGAUGGCGUGCGUGUUUCAGCUGCUGAUGACACGUUUCUGCCACCGAUUCUGCGCCAUGCCUUCGAGAUCAGGGACAAGUUCAUGUUAUCGCACAAGGGUAGCGUCAGCGUCACAGCAUUCCAUAAGCCGCGCGGGCUGCUUGCGAUCGGGUACAGCAGCGGUAUCUUCGCGAUUCACACGUUGCCGGAGACGAAGGGUGGGGGAUUGACCCCAGUGCAUCUCCUCUCCAUAUCUGCGCAGUCAUUGACGGCGGCGGCGUUCGCACCAAGCGGGGAUUGGGUGGCAUUUGGCAGUGCGCACCUCAAGCAGUUGCUGGUGUGGGAUUGGAAAGCGGAGGCGUACGUGCUCAAAGAACAGGCACACUACUACGACAUCGCCUGCGCCGCCAUCACAGCGGAUAGUACCAACAUCAUCUCCGGCGGUGAAGAGGGCAAGGUGAAGGUCUGGAAGGUAGCAUCUGGGCAGUGCUUUGCGACCUUCACCGAGCACACAGGGCCCAUCACCGGCAUCAGCACAAGCGCGAGCACGAACGCUUUCUUCACCAGCAGUCUGGACGGUACGGCGCGCGGCUACGACCUCAUGCGCUACCGUCAGUUUCGCGUCUUCAGCCCACCCGAGCAGACGCAGCUGUCCUGCAUCGCCGUCGACCCGUCUGGAGAAGUUCUGGCAGUCGGCAGCAGCCGGGCAAACAAAAUUUUCCUGUUUGCAGUACAGACGGGGCGCGUUAUUGACGUCUUGCAAGGCCACGAGGCGCCCAUCGCGUGCUUGGCGUUCCACCCCUCCGGUGUAACGCUCACCUCUGGCAGCAUGGACCACAACCUCAUCCUUUGGGACCUAUUCAACCAGAACGACAGCGGCGAGCGACUCAAGGGCGACGGCGAGGUGUUGGACAUGGGCACGGAGGUGCUGUGCGUCACUUACAGCAGCAGUGGCAGACGGAUGGCGGUGCUGACGGCGAAGCAGGAAAUCUCUGUGUACGAGGCGACCGUUCCCAACGACCCGCAGCUCAUCAAGACGUUUCUCACGGCCUUUGACGCGGCCGGUGGCUGGCGCAAGGAGGUGGGGCCAAACAGCGCCAACUACAACACGCACUUCACGCGCAUCAGCUUCUCACCGGAGGGUGAGAAGCUCAUUGCGGGCGGCGACUCCAAGUGGCUGGUGCUCUACCAUGCGACGCAGGGGUACGUACUCAAGAAGUGGCCCAUCACGCACAACCUCGACAUGCAGGGUGCUGAGGAGCAGUAUCAGUGGCGCAGCGUCAGCGAGGCGGGCUUUCUCGGCGACAUUGACGUGGACGAGGACGACAUGCACCUGUCGCGGCGCAAGUUGCUGGAGAUGCCGGGUAGCCGUCACCGCCACUUCGCGACCGGGAAGCGCAAGACGGAGCGGACGGCACGGGCAAUGGAUGUAUCAUUCGCGGCGACUGGCUCGGAGUUCAUUGCCGCAACAACAGACGGCCUGCUGCUCUUCUCGACGCGUGUGGCGCGUCCGCGCUUUCAGCCGCUGCAACUCCAGCUGCAUGUAACCACAGAGGAGGUGCGCAAACAACUCGAGAAUGGUCAACCGGUGUUGGCCCUCAUCGGCGCCUUGAACCUUGGAGAUGUAACGCUUGGCGCAGAGUGCCUGCGCCGAAUGCCGCGCGACUCGAUCCCCGUGGCUGUCACAGCCAUCCCCUCGUCCCUCUUUCCACAACUCAUGCAGUGGGUGAGCGAGGAGGUAGAGCACUGCCGUGGUCUCGAACACGCCCUACUAUGGGCGCAGUCUCUCCUGCUCCACUCCAACGAGGCGUUUGGCGGGGUAGCGGCGCAGCAAGAUGUGAGGGUGUUGCCAGCGCUCAAGACACUGCAGCGCAGUCUCUUUCAGCACCGCCUACUGACGGAGCUCUCACGCGAGAACUACUUCUCCGUCAAGUAUCUCGCCGACGCGGCGCGUAUGAACUCGUCCAAGCUGGAGCCGAUUGCAGAGGACACAACGGAGUAG